AUGGCAACAGUAAAUGAAUCAAAUUUAUGUUCAAUCUGUCAUAAGUCUUCAGCCAUAUGCAUUUGUAUUGGAUGUAAGAAAUAUUUUUGUUCAAAAGAUUUCAAAGGACACGAACAAGAAUUAUCGAUGAAAUUCAACAAUGAAAUUGUCAAAUUACAUGACGAACUUCUUAAUGAAAUAGAAAAAUUAGAAAACUCGAAUUAUUCAUCGGUGGAUCUUUUUAAUCAAAUUGAAGAAUGGAAGAAAACAGCAAUCAACAAAGUAGAAGAAACAGCAGAAAAAGCUCGUCAUAAACUUAUUGAAUUAAUCGAAAAACAAAGAAUAAUCACAAAACAAGAGCUUGAACCAAUUACAAAAGAAAUUCGUCGUCGUCAAGAAGAAAAUUUUCCUGAAUAUGAUAUUGAUCAUCUCCAACAAAAGCUCAAUGAGGUACAACAAAAAUUCGAACAUUUUUUUCAAAAAGAUAUAUCAAAAUCAAUCAUUAUUCAUAAAAACAAUCAAAUUGAUUGGAAUAAAUUCAUCUAUAUCCAUGAAGAACGACAAAAAUUACCAUUAAUACGUAUUGCCAAUCUGAAUGCCAAUGCAAAAUGGACACAUGAUGGUGUUACGGUCGCUGGAGGAAAUGGAGAAGGUGGUGAAAUGAAUCAACUCCACAAUCCAUGGGAUUUAUUUGUUGAUGAUGAACAAACUAUCUACAUUGCUGAAUUCAAAAAUGAUCGCAUUGUCGAAUGGAAAUGUGGCACGACGAGUGGUCGAAUUGUAGCUGGUGGAAAUGGAGGAGGAAGCCAUUCUGAUCAGUUGUGGGGUCCGACGAGUGUGAUUAUUGAUAAACAAAGAGAUAGUCUUCUUAUUAGUGAUUAUCGUAACAAAAGAGUAGUUCGAUGGCCACGUCAAAAUGGUACACAUGGAGAAACAAUCAUCUCAAAUAUUGGAUGUUGCGGCUUGACAAUGGACAAUGAUGGCUUUCUCUAUAUUGCUGAUUACGAUAAAGAUGAAGUUAGACGAUAUCAGGUCGGAGAUAAUCAAGGAACAGUCAUUGCAGGUGGACAUGGGCAAGGAAAUGGCCUGAAUCAAUUGUCUAAUCCAAGAUACGUAGUUGUCGAUGGAGAUCAUUCAUUGUACGUAUCAGAUUAUAACAAUCAUCGUGUGAUGAAGUGGAUGAAAGGUGAGAAACAAGGCAUUGUUGUGGCUGGUGGUCAGGGUCACGGAAAUAGUCUAGCACAAUUAUCAAAUCCCUGUGGUAUAGUCGUGGAUCAAUCAGGUACUGUCUAUGUUGCUGACAAUGGAAAUCAUCGAAUAAUGCGUUGGUCUCCAGGAGAUACACAAGGAAGUGUCUUCGUUGGUGGAAAUGGUCCAGGAAGUCAAUCAAAUCAAUUGUCUUAUCCCAUUGGUUUGUCAUUUGAUCGAGAUGGUAAUCUCUAUGUGAGUGAUCAAAAAAAUCAUCGAGUACAAAAGUUCAACAUUGAUCGAAGUUGA